AUGGCCUCCCUAAGCUGGAAACCGAUUGAGGAUUAUAUCGACGGUACUUUCGAGCAAUAUUUCAAGGAUGAAUGCGGCUUGAAUAGGAAGAACAUUCACGACCAUCGAGUACACUGUUGUCUAUACUUUAUCUCGCCGUACGGUCAUGGUCUCCGUCAGGUGGACGUGGCAUUUAUGCGACGUUUGCAACACAAAGUGAACAUCGUUCCCAUCAUCGCCAAAGCCGAUGCACUGACUGCGUCUGAAUUGCGUGCGUUCAAGGAGCGCAUCAUGUCCGAUUUUGACCGGUAUAAGAUCGACAUUUAUCGUCUUCCCGAGUGCGACAGCGACGAGGAAGAAGAGAUCAAACGCUUAGACAAGGAAAUCAAAAGCGUGUUACCGUUCGCGGUGAUCGGAAGUAAUUGCGUGGUUGACUUCGAAGGUCGUCGUGCUCGUGGCCGACAGUAUCCGUGGGGUGUGGUCGAAGUGGAAAACACAAAACAUUGCGAUUUCACCAAAUUACGGGUGUUCCUUUUGAAAACACACAUGCAAGAUUUGAAAGACAUGACUCUGGAUGUGCACUACGAGAACUAUCGCGCCAAGUAUAUUACCGAACGUAUGUCAAAACGACAGACUGAUCGACGCGAAGGAGGAGGAUCGCGAAUGGAUCGCGAAAACGGUCCCGGAUUCGAAGCGAUUGUGGAUCACGAUAGUUUGUUGAAACAAAAAGAGGAAGAGAUGGUUCACCGUUUGCCGUCUUCUCUCUNGCAAAUGAUGAAUAAAAUGCAAGAACAAAUCAAAAGAACCAUGCCCAUCUCUACUCUUGCGAGCGCUACUACUAAUACGGCCGCUGCAUCAGGUCUAUCUGCCGCGACCGGUGGCAUCACCACAAACACCACUUCUGCGCAGUCUGCUCAACCGAUUGUGACUGGUGCAAGCGGUGGUCUAAAUCACGCGUAA